ACACGCGGUAAACUCCUGCCGCGUUUCCCUUCAGACCUUGCCAACCUGCCACUGGUACGGAAUACAAUAUUUAUGAACUUAACCAGCAUACCGGCCCCCUUCGUCGACAGGUUCUCGCCUCACGGUAAGUGCCACGUCAGCAGUGCCACGUCAGCAGUGCCACGUCAGCAGUGCCACGUCAGCAGUGCCACGUCAGCAGUGCACGUCAGCAGUGCCAGGUCAGCAACCAUGACGGGACCAGCGKUGGGCUUACCAGGCCAACUGGCCAACGAGUCCAUCACCGAGUACCGACAGCGGGUCCAUGCUCAGCUCGCGCUCAUUGAGGCCGAGGAACAGCGCCAGGCGGCAGCCGAGGCUGCCCGCCUACAGGCUGAGGCGGCAGCAGCAGCUGAAAGGCAGCGGUUUCAGGCCGAAGCCGAGGCACACACCAGGGCACGCCGAAAGGAAGCCCAGAAGUUGCUGCAGCGCCAUGAAGCAGCCAGCAUCAAAAGGCUCAAGUACUGGCACUUUGAACCAAACGGCGACGAGCCGACACCGGAAGAGCAACACAAGGAGUUUCUCUCCAAGCUCGUGUCACGCGUGUUGUAUACUUGGAACUACCAACGGGUCGAACCAGAGAAACAGCACCAAGAGUUGGCAGACCUCCGCCGAAUAGUGCAGGGCCACGAGGAUGCAACACAGGUACUCAAUGCCCGUGUACUGGACCUGGAACAGUUUGUACCAGGACCAGAUGCUGGUACGUCCAGCAGUGAACCCUCUAGCCGCCAACUGGAGGAACGCGUUGACCACGUAGUGGCGAUGCUUGGCGACAUCAGUGUUUUCGCUGCACCUACCACCAUCAGCAGUCAGCUGCACACCUUGAAGACCGAGGUCCAGCAGCUGCAGUCGACGAACUCGGAGGGCAAUCCUAAGUUGUACAAGAUGCCAACCUUCCAACUCGAGAAGUUCGACGACUACACGCAUCAGGAUCCGGUCCUCUGGUGGGAAGCAUUCACGACGCAGCUUCGGAUCCUGCCAAUUGCGGCAACGCCGGAUCUGGACUUGCCAUUUACGCAUCUGCGCCGAGAGUUCUACAAUAGGUCAUGUGCUGCACUGAGCCAGGCACUUGGUGAUCGCGAGCAGUACUCAACCUUCGCUGAGAUCAUCGACAAAGCGAGGGAGAUCAUCAAGACUAAUAGGGCGGCUGCACACGAGAAAUCAGCAUGGCAGCCAACCUAUGUGGAGAAGGUAAAGACUGGUCCGCGGCAGCAGCAUUUCGCUGCAGUCCAGUCGGACAGUGGAGAUGACCCGGCAGCCACCAAGGCAUCAAGUGAAGGAGAUCAGGUGGCUGCUGUCCAGCCGAGAAGCACCAACAAGUCCCGGAACAAUGGGAAGGCGAAGACCGCAUCAUCGACUGGAACAGGACAGCCAGCGCCAUGGGUCAAGUUUAACUUGACCGAGGCCGAAUACAAAAACCGUGGGGAUUCGUCGAUGUGGUCAAGACUUGAAGAGCUCGACCCGUUGACAGUCGCGGACUUCCAGUGGAUGCCCGUUCCCCCGACCGGUCGAUUGUCGAAACUGCAUUACAAUGUGCUCAUGGCACAAUUGCGGGAGUAUUUGCACACUGCAGUACCAACUCCGUUGAUGGAUGCCGGAGUUGAGGUUGUCGACCUUCAAGAGUACAUCGGGAAGAUCGACCGCGAGUUCAAGACACAACGGUACGAUGACAUUGACGCACCAUUGUUGUAUGUAUGCAUUCAGAUCGGAGAGGCGACCUGCAGCGCCUUGAUCGAUUGCGGUGCAACUCGCAACUACAUGAGUCAGGACUUCAUGGUACGCGCCGGCCUUSGCCCRCGCGUMAGGAGGAAGYCCCAUCYGACACACGUGACGUUGGYCGAUGGUCACACGCACAAGUCAAUUGACCGGUGCAUUGACAACGUCCCUGUGUAUUUCGCCCCGCAUGCACGCGAGGCCGUGUCCUUCGACAUUCUGGACACUAAGUUCGACAUGAUUUUGGGCAUGUCAUGGCUGCGAAGUGAGGACCACCCAGUGAACUUCUACCGCCGCACCAUUCACGUUCGUGACCGGGAUGGAGUACUAGUCCCAUGCACGGUGCCUCCUCCUCACCCUUCGAUCAGCUGUCACGUGGUGUCCACCGCAAGUAUUCGAGGUUCCAUCAUCAAGGAUGACAUUGAGGAGAUGGGGGUGUGUUUUCUCCACGCCCUCCCGCCCCAGGACACCCCAUUGACGGACGCAUCAUCAGACCCACGCAUCACUGAGCUUCUCGCCACUUAUAGUGACGUGUUCGAGGCCCCGCACGGAGUAGUACCGGAUCGGCCCAUCCGCCACGAGAUCAUCCUCGAGGACGGGGCUGUACCUCCGCGUGGUUGCAUCUACCGAAUGAGCGAGGAAGAGUUAAGUGUGCUACGGGCACAACUCGACGACCUUCUGGAGAAAGGCUGGAUUCGGCCUAGCUCUUCGCCAUACGACGGUCAAGAACGNGGUGCACCUGUUCUCUUCGUCCGGAAGAAGAACAAGGAUUUGCGGUUGUGCAUCGACUAUCGUAAGCUCAACGCGCAGACGGUCAAGAACGCCGGCCCUCUCCCACGCAUCGACGAUCUCCURGAGCGACUGGGCGGCGCCAAGUUCUUCUCCAAGUUGGACCUCAARUCGGGUUAUCACCAACUUGAGAUUCGCCCGGAGGACCGAUACAAGACCGCAUUUAAAACGCGAUAUGGGCAUUUCGAAUGGCUGGUCAUGCCGUUUGGCCUUACGAAUGCCCCARCCACAUUCCAGGCGGCYAUGACRUUGGAGUUUCGACACAUGCUGGAUCGUUUCGUACUCAUCUACCUCGACGACAUCUUGGUGUACAGUCGGAGUUUGGACGAGCAUGUGGAGCACCUGCGCACCGUUCUGGAACGGCUACGACAGGCCAAGUGCAAAGCCAACCGCGACAAAUGCGAAUUCGUGCGACAAGAGCUGGAGUACUUCGGACACUAUGUGACGCCGCAAGGCAUCCGUCCACUUGCGGACAAGAUCGAGGCCAUCCGCGUAUGGCCCGAGCCCACCAACACCACAGACGUUCGUUCAUUCAUGGGGUUGGCAAGCUAUUAUCAGCGUUUCAUCACCGGAUACUCAAGGAUUGCCGCACCUCUGACGAGACUACAAUCGCCAAAGAUGCCAUUCGUAUUCGAUGACGACGCGCGCCAGGCUUUCCAAGCACUCAAGACGGCCAUGCUCAUGACACCAGUCCUUAGCAUCUACGACCCCACUCUGCCUACGAGAAUGACGACUGACGCUUCCGGUUACGGCAUUGGGGCAGUCUUGGAGCAGCACGAUGGCGAGGAUUGGCACCCUGUGGAGUAUUUCAGCCACAAAGUGCCUCCCAUCAAUUCUCUGAAUGAUGCAAGGAAGAAGGAGCUGAUUGUGUUCGUCAUGGCUCUCAAGCGAUGGCGGCACUUCCUUCUUGGGCGUCGUAGGUUCACAUGGGUCACGGACAAUAACCCAUUGACCUACUACAAGACGCAGGACACGCUAUCUUCGGAUCACCCGCCGGCCAGCCACUAUCGCAUUGCCGACGGGUACUUGCUCCUCCACUCGAGAGGCAAGGACUUACUAUGUGUCCCACGCAACCGCCGUCUUCGGACUCGCCUUCUCGGCGAGUAUCAUGAUUCGCGACUCGCCGGCCAUUUCGGAGUCAAUCGCACGAUUGCAYGGCUUCGACAACGAUUCCAAUGGCCCGACCUCAUUUCCGAUGUCAUGCGGUAUUGCGAUUCUUGCGAAGUUUGCCGCCGCAGCAAACCCCGCAACCGCAAUCCCUAUGGCGAGUUACGCCCGAUGCCUAUCCCCCGGGAACCCGGUAUCGCCAUUGCUAUGGAUGUCACGGGUCCGUUUCCUCGAGACCAGCUCGGGCACGACGGCAUCCUCACGGUUGUGGACCGAUUGAGCAAGUACGCACGUUUUCUUCCUUGCAAGUACUACUCCACGGCUCCCGAGCUGGCACGCCUCCUGCACACUGGUUGGAUUUGUGGCCACGGUGUACCAGAAGACAUUGUCAGCGACCGCGACACUCGUUUCAUGUCGGCGUUUUGGACUGCUCUCAUGCAGGAGUCCGGCACAACAAUGAAACCAAGUUCGGCUCGACACCCUCAGACAGACGGGCAGACGGAGCGGGCACAUCAGACCGCUCAAAUGAUGGUUCGUACGCUCAUCCGUCCGGACCAGAAAGAUUGGGUUGACCGCCUCCCCGACAUCSAGUUCGCCUACAACACUUCGGUGCAUCCGGCGAUCGGCGUGACUCCAUUCGAGUUGCACCACGGUGGACGGAAAGGCCGGAUCUUCGCCGACCUUCUCCUCCCUCGACCAGCCGACAUUGACGCUGCCUGCUCUCCCUCUUCCGUUCGGAAGUACAGGGAAUUGCUGACUCAAGCCCGCGCAAAUAUGCAAAAGGCUCAUGUCCGCAUUCAGCAGCAAGCCAACAGGCGUCGCGUACCAUGUCCCAUCCGCGACGGUGAUCUGGUUUGGGUCUCCACGGAAGAGUUUGCUCUGGAAUAGGAUGUUUCACGCAAACUGCUUCCCAAGU